AGGUUGGACUCUCACACUAAACUCAUUCUCUACGCACUUCUCUCUCUAGAAGAGAACUGACUUGACCGUCAGAGGGUUAACGGGCCCGGGCGCCCCCUCUGUGUUCGUGUGUGUAGGCAGGCACCUGACAUCAAGGGAGCGGGUACGGUGACGAGGCGACGAGGCUCAAACAGAAAUGAUCGGGGUCCUUUGCGGCGAUAUAAUAAUUUGGAGUAGUUUUUGGAAAUUUGCGGAUUAUUUAAGUAUGAUGUAAGUGGGGAUUAUCUCACUAACAAUGAUUGAACCUAAUUGAGAUUUCCUAAACCCUCUCAUCUCUCCCUCUCUCUGCUGCACCUUCCCUCCCUUCCUCUAACUGCUGCCGCAACUCUUCUUUUCUUUUCCCUCCCUUUUAUAAUUCAUUCUCAAUUUCCCUCUUUCUUUAAUAGGAAGAUCAAUUUCUAGUUGAUCCUCCCUAAUUUCCAUUCCCAAGAUAGAGCCAACUCCUUGGUUUUACCAUUUGGUAUCAGAGCCUGGUUUCGAGAUUGAGUCCAGAGCAAUUCUAAACAGGAGACUAUCGAAGGCUAGUAAUGGCAGUCACCAUGUCGAAGACGGCGGUGAAAAGGCUGCUUAGGAAGCCCUGGCGGCGCAAGGACAAACAGAACAUGAGAAAAGUUAUUCGUCGCAAAUCGACAUAGCCAUGGAAGACCUGACGGACACAAAGGUGUUACGUGCCGAUGCGGACAAACUGAAGAAGGAGAUCGCAAGACUUGACAGAAGGUUAGACGGCGCUGUGCAAGGAGGUAAGGGAGCUUCGAGCGGUGGUGAUGGACCUGGUCAAAACCAUGACUCAGCCACGAACAGGGAACACGAGGGCGAGCCGAGCGGGAUUCUGGUCUCGGGAUUAGCGAGAGACGAAGAUGAUCCCUGCGAGCGAUGAGACGAGUGAGAAGUGCGACAGAGGCGCUAGGGUAGAGGUCGCAUCUGGCGGUGGCGCGGGGUAGGAAUAGUAGGCGACAAAGCAACAGAGGUUGGAAGGGCGGCAACGGCUGACCUAGGACGAGGAGCCGCAGAUCAUGCGGGCCACGUCUCAUUUGGGCCUCGAGAUGGGCCUGAGUUGUUGCUGACUCCGAAAACCUAGAAGAUAGCUGUUAUGCGUGGCACGGCCAAGCUGCCGGACUACGAUAAUGUGAUCCAGAAUCCGGGCUUUGGGUUGCUGGACUCGAUGGUGGGAGAAGAAGAGGUCGGGCGCGUGGGCAGUUACCCUAGGUCGGCUCAAGAGGAAGAUGGAGUGAGAUUAAUGGGUCGGGUUGGAGUGAGCUGAGCCAAAGAGUCAACCCUUUCAAUUGAGUUCGAACCGACCCAACCUGAUCGAAUCAAAAUUGGUUGAACCAGGUUCAACCCAAACCGACCCAAGCAGCAGGGGGUCCGCAAGCUGGAGAGGACCACAAGGAGAGAUGGGUGCACUUAAACUUACUUUCACGACUCGAGCUACGGGCGUCAAUUGGGUAGUGAGUGGGAUGGAGGACAAGGACCUCGGGUUGGCACGGAGGGGUAUACGAAUUACCCAAAGGAAGAAGAAGAGGCAUGGGGCCAAGACAGAGAUCUGUGGAUCCCUCGUUACCACCGUGGGGGGACUCCAGACAUUGGCAGGUUGGUAGGCAUUACCGUAGCUAUGAUGGAGAUGAUGAUCUUGUGUUUAGGGUCAAACCCCCAACCAAUGAAUUUCCAAAAUUCAAUGGUUAGGAGGAUGCAUGUAUCUAGUUGUAUAUAGCUGAUAGGUGGUUCAAGAACCAUACUACGAGGGAAAAGCGGAAGGCGCAUCUGGUGUCUUUUUACUUGGAGGGGGAUGCUCUGCAAUGGUGGGAGCAGUCAGAGAGGUCCUACUCUGUGGAUAAGACCUUGAUUACAUGGACAAGGUUCUAGGAAGAGCUUCAGUACCAGUUUGGCAAGUCAGUAGGUUGGACCUCAGAGCAGUUUGCUAAGUUGAGACAGACGGGGACAAUGGCUGAAUAUUGGGGUGACUUUCUCAAGUUUGGCAACCAGUGCAAAGGAGUGCACGAGGAGACACUAGUGGAAUUGUGUAUGGCGGGUCUUAGGCCGGAGAUCACUACCAUGGUCGCAGUCUUUAAGCCGGAUUCCUUGAGGAUUGCUUUCCGUCUUGCUAGUCACAAGGAGGAGGAGAUAUAACAAGACGGAGAAGCACCAUAGGCCGCUACCAGUGGUGGAGGCGUAAUCGGCAGGGGUAGGUGCAUGCACUCGAGCUACCGCGGAAGCGACAUUGGUGAUGUUUCGACCUUGACCUUGGGCGCCAUCGAAGGGAUUUGUCAGGUUGUCUCCGGCCGAGGUCGAGCUAAAGAGGUGGGGAGGCAAGUGCUUCAACUGUAACGAGGUUCACGUUCGACCAUCAGUGUGUGAAUCGACCUAAUGAUGCUAGUGGGCUGUUGGGAGGACGAGGCUGAGGAUGAGGUGAUAGAAGGUAGGGAAGAGAACUAGAAAGCUAGAGUUCAACCUUGAUGUUAAGGUUGUUCUCAAGGAGGCGUGGAUGAUAGAAACCUGAAUUUCUGCGAUUUAAGUAUUUGGACCAUUUUGUCAUUUUAUUAUUCAUUAUGACUUUGUUGGGAAUUAUUGGAGGUUCCUUGUAGGGAUUUAAUAAUUUGUGGUAGUAUUUGGAAAAUUUUGGAUUAUAUAAAUAUUUGGUAAGUGGGGAUUAUCUCAGUAAUUAUGAUUGAAGCUAAUUGAGAUUUCCUAAACCAUCUCCUCUUUCUAGACCUGGCAAUCGGGUCGGCUUGGGUAAUUUCGGGUUGAGAACUUUGGUUACGGGUCGGGUCAUGUUUGGUUGGCUUAUUUCGGGUCAAAUAUUGACCCAACCCAUUUGGUUUCGGGUCGGGUUACAGGUCAUUUCGGGUUAUGAGCGUUCUCAGAAACAAUAUCAAACAUGCUUCAUAUUUUCUUAAAGAACACAAAUUUUCACAUAUGCAUGACAAUAGUUUACCUAACACAUGUUAGUUAACAUAUUCUCAAAUCCUUCCACGCUAAUGAAAUGAAAUAUAAAUUGCGCAAAUCGUCAAAAAACAAUCACAAGAGUAAUACUACUACAAGAAACACAUGAUAUUUGAUUAUCCUUAAACUCCAAACAUGUCAUUCAAAUCCUUGUGAUUUUUUUUAAAUAUCUCACCAAUUUACGAGUGAUUUUAUCAUAUUUUGUGAGUAAUAUAUUAAAUGGAACAGGUCUAACGGGUCGACCCACUAACCCACCCAACCCAACCCAAAAAAUCACGGGUUAUCGAGUUCGGGUCAUUCGGAUUUUGGGUUACAAAAAAUUCUAGUUUUCGAGCGAUUUUGGGUCGGGUCAACGGGUCGGAUUGUAAUUUGCCAGGUCUACCUCUUUCCCUCCCUCCGCCACACCUUCCCUCCCUUCCUCUAGCUACUGCCACAACUCUUAUUUUUCUUUCCCCCCUUCUACAAUCCAUUCUCAAUUUCCCUCCUUUACCAAUAGGAAUAUCAAUCCCUAGUUGAUCCUCCCCAAUUUUCAAUCUCUAAAUAGAACAAACUCCUUAGUUCUAUAAGAUAUGUCAUCAUGAAAUUCUGUCCAAAAUUAGUUCAUUGUUUCAAAUUCAACUUUUGCUUCGAAAUAAAAGAUGAAUUUGGGGUAUGGAAGAUGAUUAAGGUCGAUGGAUGAUGUAAGCAAAAAAACAUAAGAACACAAUGACUCAACGUUGUGGUCUUGAAUGACUUUAUGAUGUAGUAAUCGGACGGGAUCGACAUCUCCGACAAGGGGAUUAGCUGAAAGAAAGGGAGGGAGGCGAGAAGAGAAAGAGAACUAAGCAUAAUUGUUUAUUUGAUCUUUAAUAUUGUUUACUUUGACAAUUGUCGAUGAUAUAGUUAGAGUACAUUUUACAAUUCCGUCCACUAUUUCCUAUUCUAUUACAAGUCUGUCUCUGCUAUCAUAUGGUUGGGUCAUUACAAUUCUCACCCGCUCGAGAACAUGCUUGUCCGCAAGCCUUGUGAAAGUAGUAAAAUGAAAGGAACAAGCUGCAACAAACCGUGCACCAACAAAAACCAAUAUAACUGUGAAAAAAUUGUUGGGACUUUUAUGGACGAGGGUUCACGUACGAUAGCUCGAGACCAGGUGAUAAGGAUUGUGAUAGAGUCGUGAACAACGUUCACUUUUCGAAAAAAAUAUUUCCACCCUCAACAAGCCUAGGGUUACAGGAGAUUUCUCCCGAGGAUAAAACUAUCACCACUUU